AAAAAUGCGGGUAAUUUGAUUGAAAAGGUCGCAAAUGUUUGGGUCUAAGGGCGUCAGGCUUAUUCAUUGCUUGAUUCGCCACUCUCACUCUCUCUCUUCUACCCCUUUCCACCACCCAAAUACUAAGACUCUAAUUGCUGGGAGUUUGAGGAGCUUCACUGCCGGAUUUGGCAGUCCUAUUGGAAGUCACACUCCUCAAUUCGCUAAAACUAGAAACUGCUUGGUUUUUGGACUUCUUAAUCUGAAUUUGGGUGCAAGACGGCCAAUUCAUGGCACUGCUCCUCUGUCUGCUAGGGAUUAUUAUGAUGUACUUGGUGUAAGCAAGAAUGCUACUGCUUCUGAAAUAAAGAAAGCUUAUUUUGGGCUUGCGAAAAAGCUCCAUCCCGGUGUAAAUAAAGAUGAUCCUGAAGCUGAGAAAAAAUUUCAAGAAGUUUCCAAGGCCUAUGAGGUUUUAAAAGAUGAGAACAAGCGUGCUGAGUAUGAUCAGGUUGGCCAUGAUGCGUUUGAACAGCAGCGAAGUAAUAGCGGCUUUACUGAAGAGGAUUUUAAUCCAUUCAAUUUUGCCAACUUUCAAGAUAUAUUCAAAGCUCAUGAUAUAUUUAGAAAUCAAAUGGGCGGUGAAGAUAUCAAGGUUGCUAUUGAAUUAUCAUUUAUGGAAGCUGUUCAAGGAAUCACCAAAACAGUGACAUUUCAAGCUCCAGUGCUUUGUCAAGCUUGUGGUGGACAAGGUGUUCCACCUGGCGUGAAACCUGAAAGAUGCCGGCACUGUGGAGGCUUAGGCAUGCUAUCUAUGAACAAGGGCUUUAUGAGUAUCCGUUCUACUUGUCCUCAUUGUGGUGGAACUGGUCAGUUUGUAUCGAAGCUUUGCAAUUCAUGCAAUGGAUCUAGAUUAGUGAAAGGACAAAAAACAGUCAAAUUGGACAUAAUGCCAGGGGUGGAUAACAAUGAAACUUUGAAGGUUUAUGGAAGUGGUGGAGCUGAUCCUGAUGGAACUCAUCCCGGGGAUCUUUAUGUAACCAUUAAGGUCCGGCAAGACCCUGUUUUUCGUAGAGAAGGUGCCAAUAUUCAUAUAGAUGCUGUUUUGAAUGUUGCUCUGGCAACCUUGGGAGGAACCAUCCAGUUCCCAACACUUACUGGUGAUGUGCUUAAGGUCCGCCCUGGCACUCAACCUGGCCAGAAGGUGGUUUUGAAGAAUAAAGGAAUCAAAACAAGGAACUCAUACUCAUUUGGUGAUCAAUACGUGCACUUCAAGGUUAGCAUUCCAAACAAAAAGGAAAUGACUGUUGAUCACUGAGGUCUCUUCUUCAGCCAGAUGCUCCAGCUGCGCGCUUAUCAUCUUCAGCUUGCUCUUCUCCAUCAAACUCUUCGAUUAAUAUGUGUUGUCUUGGCGUCAGAUUCCUG